CCCAUCUUCCAACGUUUCAAAUGAAUCAGUCCACACCAAAACGCAAACAAACUACAUCAGAAACGCAACUUCCAACUCUCAAACGGUGUUAUAAAAAAGAAACACAAAGAGCCAGAGGGUCUAACCUUCAAAGCCAGUUAUGCUUUUCUUCUACUUUUCCACAUACCCUUUUGCCUAAAUAUCUUAUUUCCUAUCAAAAAUAUCUUUGAAAUACUAUAUUGGAACCAAAGGAAAGGAAAAAAAAGGAAAAAAAGAUGUCAGUUUUGGCAGCAAAUUCUCAAAUUUUGUAUAGAGAAUUCUAUCAGAGGGACCAACAACAGCAGCUUUGGAACAGUGGGAGCUGCAUGUUGUUGCAAAAAAAUUGUGGGUAUUUUGGGUUUGAUAGGAGGAAUGGAAAAUGGAAGAAGAAUAUUGCAAGGAGAGAUUGGAGAGUAGAAGCUCUUUGGCCUGAUUUGUCCAGACCAAGUGCGGUUGAGAUGGAACCAAUCAACGAUUGUGAUCAGCUUGAUCAAAUUCUGCUUCGUGCUCAAGAGCUCUCCCAGCCUAUUCUCAUUGACUGGAUGGCUGCUUGGUGCCGGAAAUGUAUCUAUUUGAAGCCUAAAUUGGAGAAAUUGGCAGCUGAGUAUAAUACCAAAAUCAAAUUUUAUUGUGUGGAUGUCAACAAGGUACCUCAAGGUCUAGUGAAGCGGGGAAACAUCUCUAAAAUGCCAACAAUUCAGGUAUGGAAGGAUGGAGAGAUGAAAGAAGAAGUAAUUGGAGGACACAAGGCAUGGCUUGUGAUUGAAGAAGUGAGACAAAUGAUCCAAAAGUUUGUAUGAUUAAACUACUGGGACCAUCACUCUUCUCUGUAGAAUUAGCUCUUUCUCUGCUCUGCCAUGAUAAGGAAACUCACUUCCUAUAGAAAAGCCAUAUUUGUACAGUAGAAAUAAUUCCACUAAUCAGUGUUGAUGCAUAAAGGAAAGAUGCAUCUUGAAUUUGAAGUUUGAAAUUAGCAUGGCCAUGGUAUGCUGCAAUUGCUGUGUGCAGAGAGGUCUUCUUACUUUGUUUUUUAAUGUCUGCAAGUACCAUAGUAUGAAAAGCUUUGAAGAUUGUCUGUAUACAAUCUAAAUAUAGCAAUUGAAACUUGAAAGGCUUACUGUGGCA